AUGAGGUCACCGUAUUUCCCAGCGAGGACGGUGCUUUUCCACAAGGAGCCAAACGGAGUGACAUACAGGGUCCCAGCACUACUUUACCUUUCCCGCUCCAGAUCCUUCCUGGCCUUCUGUGAGGAGAGACUCAGCCCAUCGGACUCUCAGGCUCAUCUGCUGGUCAUGAGGAAAGGCACCUUCUACAGGAACUAUGUGGAGUGGGAGGACAUGCGUGUCCUGGGCACUGCCUUCCUGCCAGGCCACCGGUCCAUGAACCCGUGUCCGGUGUACGAUGAGUUCACAGGCACUCUCUUCCUGUUCUUCAUCGCAGUUCUCGGGCACACCUCAGAGUCCUAUCAGCUGGUGACGGGCAAGAAUGUGACCCGCCUCUGCUACAUCUGCAGCACCGAUGAUGGAGACACCUGGAGUCCUGUCACAGACCUGACCAAGAGGGUCAUAGGAGAUACCAUCAGAGAAUGGGCCACCUUCGCUCUCGGCCCGGGCCACGGCAUCCAGCUGAAGUCCGGCCGUCUGCUGAUUCCUGCCUACGCUUACCACAUAGAUUGCAAAGAGUGCUUCGGACAGCUGUGCCAGACCACUCCCCACGCCUUCUGCUUUCACAGUGACACCCACGGGCGAAGCUGGCGUUUCGGGGAGGCGGUGCCGGGGCCAGAGAGUGUGGAGUGUCAGAUGGUGUCCGUGGAUGAAGAGGAUGGGACUAAUGUUUUGUACUGUAAUGCGCGCAGCCCCCUUGGAUACAGGGUGCAGGCCCUCAGUCUGGAUGAUGGGGCGGUGUUUCAGGAGGGGCAGCUGGUGCAGCGGCUGGUGGAGCCUCGAAAUGGUUGUCAUGGCAGCACUGUGGGAUUUCCUGCCCCCUCUCCCUCUCUAAACACCUCUAAUGUUUCACCCUAUCACAGGGCCCCCCCAGAUUUCCUCACCCCCACCUGGGUAGUAUACUCCCACCCUACAUGGACCACCGCACGCAAGGAUCUGGGUGUGUUCCUCAGCCUAUUUCCCCGUGAUCCAGACAGCUGGCGUGGACCCUGGGUGAUCUACGAGGGCCCCAGUGCCUACUCCGACCUCGCCUAUCUGGAGUUGCCCCCCUCACCUGGUGCACCACCUGCUGUGGCCUUUGCCUGCCUGUUUGAGUGCGGCACCAAAACAGCCUACGACGAGAUCUGCUUCUGUAUCUUCAGCCUCUACGAACUUAUUGAUAAUCUGCCCCGGAAUGUGCAGCUGGGAAGUAACAACGACGAAUGUAAAAGGCAGCAGAGUCGUGUCUCUGAGACAGGUCGGAGUUGUUCAAGUGGACAAGCUUUCCAUCAGGCGAAGAAGAGGAGAAAGAGGAGCAAGCUGACUGGGGUGUGCUCUGUGUGUUAA